AGUGCGCACACAGUCGAUUCCAGUUAGCGGACAGUGAAGGUUACCUGCUUCAACAGUGCUUGAACGGCAACCUUUCUACUGUCUUUAGACCCUAAUAAUCGCUCUGAUCAUUCACGCCAUCAAUCCAUAACAACCAAAAUCGAAAUUUAAUUAUUUUUAAAACAUCAGCUCGCUAAGUUAUCCCGAACACGUUUAGCUUGCUAACUAGCUAACUGUUUUGCUAACGGCGCAAGGCACUCGGACAGCUUUUCGACCUCCUCACGACGAGACCUGCCACUGAGAUUUGAACCAUGAGUUCCCAGGUGAGACAGAACUACCACCAGGACUGCGAGGCUGCAAUCAACAGGCAGAUCAACCUGGAGCUGUAUGCCUCCUACGUCUACCUGUCAAUGGGAUACUACUUUGACCGGGAUGACCAGGCAUUGCACAACUUUGCCAAGUUCUUCCGCCAUCAGUCACACGAGGAGCGCGAGCAUGCUGAGAAGCUGAUGAAACUGCAGAACCAGAGGGGGGGAAGGAUUUUCCUACAAGACGUCAAGAAACCAGAGAGGGACGAGUGGGGCAGUGGUGUUGAGGCGCUUGAAUGUGCCCUGCAGCUGGAGAAGAGCGUGAACCAGUCACUGCUGGACUUGCACAAGCUCUGCUCUGAACACAACGACCCACAUUUGUGCGAUUUCAUCGAGACACACUACCUGGACGAGCAGGUGAAGUCCAUCAAAGAGCUGGCAGACUGGGUGACCAACCUGCGCCGCAUGGGAGCCCCUCAGAACGGCUUGGCCGAGUACCUGUUCGACAAACACACCAUGGGCAAAGAAAGCAGCUAAAUCCGUCCGAUCACAUUUCCUAAAGCUUUCUAUAUAUGUAUAUUUGUAUCUUGCUUUCAAAUGUUUUCCAAAUAUCAAGCCAUCUGCAUGGUACUGGCUCAACAUUUAAACCUAUAUUACUCAUGUGGUUAUUGCCAUUCCCUCCACAUCAUAGCUCAAUAGUCCCCUGAUCCCAGAGCUGUGAGCUAUUCCACUCAAAGCCCACUCUUGUAUCUUGCACUUCUCUGUCUACUGUCAGCUAUGCCUACAUCAUAACUAUGUACUUGCUGUUUUAUGCCAGUAGCUGUUAAUCAAACCCAAUAAAACGAACCCUCUGGAUUCUGA